AAGCUUCCAAUGCAUACAUUUGAGGACACGUGACACGCGCUAACACGUGAAGAUUCACUGUCAAACAGAGGUUUGAUGUAUUCUAUUUCCUGUGCUAUGCCGUAGCACAUGUCCGUUGUGACUCUUCGUAGCUCCCACUAUCGUUUUUGCUGGAUUCGCCCGGUAUUUGAAGCCUGAGGUGACUGCCAUGCACGGGGCCCUGCGCACGGCUCUACGGGGCUGGUCUACCGCCGCCGGCUCGCCGAUGAUUCGCCACUGUUUAAAGAGCAGAGUUCCCCUGCAGCUGAGCUCACGUGUUUACAGCAUCGUCCCGACCCCGCGCGACAGCGACGAGAAGGAGAUGCUGGACCGGAUUCUGCGCGUGGACCACGCCGGGGAGUACGGGGCCAACCGCAUCUACGCCGGCCAGAUGGCGGUGUUGGGACGAUCUAGUAUCGGGCCUCUGAUCCAGGAAAUGUGGGAUCAAGAAAAGAAACACUUAAAGAAAUUCAAUGAGAUUCUGGCUGAGAGCAGAGUUCGUCCCACUGCGCUUUUACCCCUUUGGAAUAUUGCUGGAUUUUUAUUAGGCGCGUCCAGUGCACUACUGGGCAAAGAGGGGGCCAUGGCCUGCACUGUGGCAGUGGAAGAGAGUAUUUCUGAGCACUACAACAGUCAGAUAAGAGCUUUGAUGGAGAAGGAUCCUGAAAGAUACACUGAACUAUUACAAGUUAUAAAGGAAUUCCGAGAUGAGGAGAUGGAGCAUCAUGAUACAGGACUGGAGCAUGAUGCUGAAAAAGUUCCUGGAUACUGGCUUCUAAAAAAUGCUAUACAGCUUGGCUGCAAAGUUGCAAUAUCUGUUUCCCAGCGCGUCUAACAUAAUAUUUUUGAAUAACUGUAGAUUUCCCACCAUUUGUCUGAUUUGUUUACCUAGUUUGUUUAAAAUGUAGAUCUGAAUCUAGCUUCAUUGUAAAUUAAACAUUUAUCAAGAUUUAAAGAAUUGUAUAAAACAUACGUCCAUGUACAGUGUAUAAUACACACUGUUUAAGUCCGAGGGGGUUGAUGCUUCCUGAAUUCAAUAGCAGAUCUCUAAAAUGAUGUUAAUGUAUGUGCUCUGUCAAUUUUUGGCACAAUGAGAUGCAGUUUGCCUGAUACGAAAUGUUGGUGAUAAAAAGAAAACUUAA